CGUUACGUAACCGAAAAGACUACAUGCGACAUCAUCUCCGUGCUGACUUGCCCAGAUGGCUUUUCUUAUAGAACCCAGUUGUUCCGCUCCUUUGGCUUUGUCUGGGCGACACCAGGAGGAGGGUGCUUUUAACCUCAUACUACCAUCAAUUCGCCUUCGUUCCUCACCGCAACUGGUUCGCUAUUGAGCCGCUCGACGACCAAGAUGGCCUCGCGCACCGCUUUCGCUUUCCUAGUUGCUAUGAUGCUCUUCACUGGUGUCUGCAACACUCUCCUCACAAAGUAUCAGGACAUGCAAUGUGUUAGAAACUGUGAGCCUGGCUCCGGAGCGAAGAGGGCCACCUUUCACCAACCUGUUCUUCAGACAGCCCAAAUGUUCGUUGGUGAAAUGGGUUGCUGGCUUGUCGUCGGAAUUAUGGCGUUGUGGAAGCGCUACGCAAUAAACCUUUCACCUCGUGAACGAGGGUACGAAGCUGUGAGCACGGAUGAUGGACAACCUAACGCCGAUGCCGACGACGUGGGGGCUUCUCUCAUGGAAGCCACUGCUGCAGCCCCCAAAUUUGCCGAUCAGGAACUCGAAUCGCCGGUUCUAACUGGGUGGCGUGUCUUCCUCCUUGCUCUCCCUGCAAUUUGCGACAUCUGCGGCACGACUCUGAUGAAUGCGGGCCUGUUGAUGGUGGUUCCAUCCAUAUACCAGAUGACGCGGGGCGCGCUUGUCUUAUUUGUUGCUAUUUUCAGUGUUGCCUUUCUCCGCAGGCGUCUCCAGCCCUUCCAGUGGAUUUCCCUUGUUGGCGUUGUCCUCGGGGUGGCACUUGUGGGUUUGGCUGGCGCGCUAUACCACGAGAACAAGGGAAACGCCAAGGAUCAUUUGAGCCCGCAGGCCGUCUUAGAGAUGGCACCCACCUCGAGUGCUCUUCUUUCGGUAAUCGGCGUGCUUCUCAUUGCUGGCGCCCAGAUCUUCACCGCGACUCAGUUUGUUCUUGAAGAAUGGACUCUAGAGAAAUGGGCGAUCGACCCCAUCAAGGUCGUCGGAUGGGAGGGCAUCUUCGGAUUCUUUGUCACUAUUACUAUAAUGGCGAUCCUGCAUCUCUAUAUCGGCGCUACGAAUGCUGGGCGUUAUGGACCUUUUGAUAUGGCCGAAGGUUGGAAGCAGGUCACCACCAAUAGAAACCUCGGAAUCUCCAGCAUACUUAUCAUGAUUAGCAUCGGCGGCUUCAACUUCUUUGGCCUAUCGGUCACAAGGACCGUCAGCGCCACUUCCAGAUCAACUAUUGACACCUGUAGAACUUUGUUCAUCUGGCUCGUAUCUCUUUGUCUCCGCUGGGAAACAUUUAAAUGGCUACAGGUUGUUGGUUUCGCUAUACUUGUCUAUUUCACUUUCCUUUUCAACGGCCUUGUCGAGCCCCCUUUCCGCUGCUUGAAAAAUCAAGAAGUAGUCGAGGAGCUUCUUCCGGAGGAGCCGAUUGAACACCAGUGAUGGAAUAAGUCCGAUUGAAAGGACUUGAAGCGACGUCAAUCUUGCUUUGGUCGACUGUUAACGCUUAUGGAAUUGAGCUAUGUUGUUUGUUUGUUUGUUUCGCUUUUCUAUGUAAAAAGAUUCACAGCUCCGAGGAGUCGGCUUACUCUCGAACAUUUCCAGUGAAUCAUUUGCGCCUCCUGCAGAAUGAGUCUCCUCGAUGUGUCAGAGGUACUCGGGCCGAUAGCGUUAUGCUGUCGCACGUCAAAUAGGCACUUCAAUGAUCAACUUAGUAGAGCAGAA